CAUUAAAGGAACAAGUCGUGGAGGUGUUAUUGAAGAGUGUAAUGAAUGGUGGGACACUAAGGGUGAAUUUAAAUCGGGAAGAUCGAUGAAUAAUGAAUCUUCUCUCGCAGUCGGGGAAAAUGCAACAUUUGAAUGUGAAAUAGAGGGUGCCACAAAAGUCACAUGGUUGAAAAAUAAUAUGCCAUUACCAAAUACUAUUGCUAAUCGAACUUCCAUCACAGAAGACAAAGAAAACAAUUUAUAUAAAUUACAGUUAAAUAAAGUAAUAAUAUCAGAUUCGGGAACUUAUACGGUUAAAGCUGAAAAUGAUUUAGGAGAGUCUACGAGUACAGCGUUACUAUUUGUUGAAAAUCUUUCAGCAGAUGAAAAGAAAGCAAGAGCUAAAGCAAACGCUCCAAUUUUUGCUGUUAAGCUUGCUGAUACUCAGCUUUUAGAGAACACUCAUGCUAGAUUUAUGAUUGAGAUAAAAGCAAAUCCAUUACCCAAAUUGAGAUUUUUCAAAGGAGAUAAAGAAAUAUCUGAUGAAAACACAAGAAUACAAAUAUUAGAAGUAAAUAAGAAAAAGGUCUCUAUGAAAUGUUUUACCUAUGUAAAACAGAAGAGGCAGGAGAAUAUCGAGUGA